CAGGAGUGGAACAUUAUCCUUUGUUAAUGAAUACCUAUCCUAAUCCCCCUUAGUGGCUGAGCAAAUCCGUCUCGUAAUGACAAUGACAGAGGCACCAAGAAAACGAUCCACCCUUGUCGUCUCGGGAACGGUUCAGAGUUAUCCAUCCUCGUUUGUGUUCUUCCCUCUUUACUCAUCAUAGGACCAACAACGUCGACUUGGCUCAAUUCCACGGUGUUGACGGUUUGGUCUCAGUCAGGAUUCUGCCGCCUUUGAGUGAACAUAUCGCGCAGUCACUCGGAGGUACAAGCACAACUCCAAACCAUUUCACUCAUAGGCCAGCCCAAACCAAACAACCCAGCCCUCGAAGAAGUUGUCUUGUCUACGUACCACGAAGAUUGUUUUGAAUUCUUCGCAUGUGCUGUGAGGGAGUGGACGAAUUCGACCUAUUUUUGACAUACACAGAUUUAAAAAAAAACAAAAGUGAAAAUGAUGACUCGAGGUUCUCUCCGCUCUCGUGGAGAAUGCUCCGAAAAGGUUUUGACCUUUGUGUGUAUGGGCUUUAUUGGCCUCAUGGUAUUUUCUGCCGGCUUCACCAUCAGUUUUCCAGCCCUUUUCAAUAAGAUUUUGGGACAGCAAAUGACCCUGAUAGAAGGCACUCCGGCUUUUGCCGAAUGGAUGCAGCCGUCGGUGCCAAUUUUUACCAAGAUAUAUCUGUUCUCUCUGCAAAAUCCUAAUCAGACGUUGGAUAAGACUGAAAAGCCCAGACUGAAGCAACUGGGUCCCUUUACAUUCAGAGAAGUUGAAACCAAAGAUCAGGUUGUUUUCAACCACAAAAACCGAACUAUUUCGUACAAGGUACGAAAAAGCUGGUUUUUUGAGCCUGAGAUGUCGGAUGGGAGUCUGGAUGACAUAGUCACCACUAUCAAUGUCCCUGUAUUAGGCAGUGCUGAAGCGUCCAAAGGCCAGUUUUUCAUGCAAUGGGGUUUAUCGUCAACAUUUGACAAUAUUGGAAGCCAAGUUUUCAUUCAAAAGACAGUUAGAGAACUUCUAUUCGAAUGCUACGAAGACACGUUGUUGGCCUUGGCUGACUGGUUUGGGCAGGAGUCAACAAUCCCGCUGGAUCGGUUUGGAUGGUUUUAUAAGCGCAAUGGUACCUCCUGGGCCGAUGGAACAUAUAAUAUGUACACUGGUCAAGACGACAUCAGUCAAAUGGGUAAAAUCAACACUUGGAAUUAUGAAAACCGCACUCAUUUCAACGAUGAGUGCGGACAAGUUCAUGGAUCAGCCGGUGGAUUUUACCCACCUGGCACAGCUCAACCCAACUUAUUACUCUUUUCGCAUGAUGCAUGCAGAACUCUGAGCUUUAAUUUCAAAGGAAAGUCGAAGGUCGAGAAUGUGCCUGGUCUCUUGUACAAAUUGGACGAGACCACGUUCGCCAAUGAGAGCACGUAUGCUCCGAAUUAUUGUUUUAACAAUAAUCUGCCCACCGGAGUACAGAACUCGACCCAGUGCAAACAAGACUCUCCUGCUUACAUUUCAUUCCCUCAUUUUUAUCAAGCCGAUCCUUACUAUCAAAACCAAUUCCAAGACGGAAGCAUUCAACCCGAGGGGGAUCUCCAUGAAUCUAGAAUUGUCCUCGAACCAGUCACCGGCAUUCCUAUGGAAGUGCUAAUCCGUCUCCAAAUAAAUGUCAAACUAAAUCCCAUGGAAGGAAUCUCAUUACUUCGAAAUGUUCCCAAGGAUCUUUACUUUCCCGUGAUAUGGUUCGAAGCUCAUGGGAUCGCCACACCAAGUGUGGCUCAGACCAUCAAUCUUUUGGUCCAAAUCCCUCAUUAUGCCAAUCUAGUUGGGGCCAUUCUGGUUGUAAUUGGUUUGGUGGGAGUCAUCGUGUGCGUGGCUUUGCGAUGCCGAAGAUUUCGUUCCAAGUCAGGAAAGAUCUCCGAGAGCAAAUCCAAUGACGAUUUUGAUUUGUCCAUUGAAGACUUCGACUCACAUAGACACAAGAUUAUUCCCAUUAUCAAACCCCAUGUUUCCAGUGGGCUCAAUGUCAAUCAGCAAUUGGUCCAUUCAAAUACCGAGGAAACCUUGUUCUUGAACUCAUCUGAGAGUGAAGCCUAUUCCUCCGAUGGUAGCAAGAAAACUAGUUUCUCGAGCGUAGAUAGUGCUCGAGCCACCUUAGUCUGUGAUUUGGAUUCCCAAUCAAGGCUUCUUAGUUAAUGUUUAUAACGUGAUGCUUACUGAACGAAGGAUGAGCUAGUUCGGUUAUACUAGGCAUCAUGAUACCAAAGAAUGAAUGAUGCAUUGCCAAGACAAUUCUACCCAUCUGUCUGUGCCGAUAUCGACAUGUGUUCUCCACGUCCAAACGACCAAUAACUCACUGUACAUUUAUUUUGCCGAACUGAUAAAUGCAUUCACUCUAUGUGAAGAGAGUCAAUCAUCGUGCCAAGAUCUACUUAUUCAAUGAACAUUACUCAUUGACCGUUCUCGCCAUCCUUAUUGAUAAUCAAAAGGCAAUGUUGGGCGUGAUCAAUAAAAAUCUAUUAUAUAGUUUAAUCCAG